AUGUGUCAUUUUGAGGUCUUGUCGGAGUUUUUUUGGUUUUUACCGCUUACUUUGCAGGAACAAGCUUUUAAGUUUUGAAUUCUCAAAGGAGAAGAAAAAAAGAGUUGGAAUGAUCGAUAUUUGGUAUACGUUUCGAUCAAAAAAGAUGAAAACUUUGGAAAAACGGGAGUUUUAUUGAUUUUUCACUUCAAAAAGCUCUGUUUGGACCAUAAAAAUUCAAAUUUUCUUUCUUAUUUGACUGUUUCAGGACAAGACAGUGAGAAGAAUAGGUUCUACGAAUGGAUUGGUCCGUUCCAAGAGGAGCACUCAUCCGUCUCCCGAUCUCAAAAGUGAGUUUUAAAAAUUCAAAGGAGCAUGACCUGAACAAGUUGAUGGUUUUAAAGCGAUUUUUUUUUGAUUUUUGAGAAUUUUUUUGCUCUGGAUCCUACUUCAUUGUGAAGCUAUCGAUUCGAAAAAAAAAUUAUUAGAAGAUAUUUUUUAUUUCUCACUCUGAAAUAUUACACUUCAUUCACUGACUUGUGAAUCACUGCUAUCACAAAAACUUUACUACCAAAAAAAGUAAGAAAUUAGUUACCCUAAUACGAUCAAGACAAAUUGAGAGUAAAGCCGGAUUAACACAGUUUUUCUUCUACUUUCUCCCCUUCAAUUUGUUAUUUCACAGCGCUCUGGUCGCCGUGGUCAGAAUGGUCGGAAUGCGAAUGCGGCAGGCAGAAAAGGAAGCGAGUCUGUCUGAAACAAAUCAGGGUCGCCUCCAACGGCAGUGCUGAGCGUGAGUUCGGAGGGGUCAGGAAACAAACAAAAAAAAUCAGAAUAUUUGGAUCAGUAGCUGAUUUUUUUUUUUGAUAACGGGUGAGCCGUUCUCUCCGUUAUUCAGAUGUUUCGAGGAAAUCCAGAGAAGUCCCUCUAGGGAUAACCUCAGGGACUUUUGAAGUACUCCCUCUGGGGGCCAUUAAACCUAUCGGACAGCAUUAUUAUGUUCAUUGUUGUGAGCUCUAUGCGAAAAACUCAAUAAAUCAGUGAUUUUCGAAUGAAAAAAAAAAUUGAAGACCCCUAUAGGGGCCACUUGAGCUUCAGAGGUUCAGAGCUCGAAACCUUAACCCUUAUAGGGAGCACCUAAAUUUUAACCUAAACCCCUACCGGGAGAACUUGUUGUUUUUUAUAGGGGUAUUUCUUUCCUCUAACCCCUACAGGAACAACUCUAGCGUUAAUAAAAUCAAAAAAAAAUUUUUUUUUGUGGUCGUCUGUUGAAGAUUGAGAAAAGUCUAAGAAAAAUUUCGAUGAGGUGAAAAUCCUUUUUGUCGGAACUGUUGAAGAUAUAUAUAUAUAUAUAUAUAUAUAUGUUUGCAUAACUACUUCAGCUUUUUUUCAAUUUUAAACCCGAGAAAGUUUUCAGAAACCUUCUACCCGAUCGAAAAAUCGACAGGACCACCAAUCGAGUUCCCCGAACCGGCGCCGUUUCCGUCGUUGAUGUCCAGAAAUCGCAUAAGACGUUCCAAUAAAUGCCCUGCUCCGCAAAUCGAAAGCCGCGCAUGUUUCUCUAUCAAAUCUUGCAUAGAUUAA